AUAUUUAUUUAUUUUUUAAUUUUAAAUUUUUUUUAAAAGGCAGCCAUGAUCAGCCGUAACUUCAAGAAUGUGAUUGUUGUCUCUGUCGGGUUUCUGUCUCUGUUCACGGCUUAUGGAGGCCUGCAGAGCCUACAGAGCAGUCUGAAUGCGGCGGAGGGGAUGGGCGUGGCGUCUCUGAGCGUCAUCUAUGCCUCCAUCAUCAUCUCCUCCAUGUUCCUGCCUCCCAUCAUGAUCAAGAAUCUGGGCUGUAAAUGGACCAUCGUUGCCGGCAUGGCCUGCUACGUCUCCUACUCCUUUGGAAACCUCUACCCGGGAUGGUACACCCUCAUCCCCACCUCAGUUAUCCUGGGUUUGGGUGGUUCUCCACUGUGGUCGGCUAAAUGCACCUACUUGACCAUCUCCGGUAACGCGCAGGGUGCCAAGGACGGCAAAAAGGGCUCGGAUGUCAUCAACCAAUAUUUCGGCAUCUUCUUUUUCAUCUUUCAGUCGUCUGCUGUGUGGGGGAACCUCAUGUCGUCGCUCAUCUUCGGACAGGACACCAAUAUAGCUGACAUCCCAGAGGAGCAGCUGAAGCUCUGUGGAGCGGCUGACUGCGGCCUCGUCAUCAACGCCACCGGCACCGCCCCCACCAGACCGGCACAGGAACUAGUGUGGACGCUCGUUGGAUGCUACAUCGGUGUGGGCGUGCUAGCCAUGAUCAUUGUGGCAGUGUUUCUGGACAACAUUGACCAGGAGCAUACUCGUGAGUUUCGUGGGAACCGGGAGCCGUUCUGCCACACGUUCCUGGCCACGUUCAGACUAAUGAAGGACUGGAGGCUACUGACCCUCAUCCCCCUCACCAUGUACAGCGGCUUCGAGCAGAGCUUCCUCUCUGGGGAAUACACAAAGAACUACGUGACGUGUGCAUUGGGGAUCCACUAUGUCGGCUUUGUGAUGAUGUGUUUUGGAGCCUCCAACUCGCUUUGCUCCUUUCUCUUUGGGAGACUUGCAAGGUACACUGGGAGAGCUCCACUCAUCUGCCUAGGUGCACUGGCCAACUUCAGCUGUAUCAUUGCUCUGCUGUACUGGCGGCCUGAUCCUGACCAGCUGCCGGUUUUCUUUGUAUUUCCUGCUCUGUGGGGCAUGGCAGACGCUAUCUGGCAAACUCAAACCAAUGCUAUUUAUGGCAUCCUGUUCCCCAGGGAGAAAGAGGCAGCGUUUGCUAAUUACCGUAUGUGGGAGUCUCUUGGUUUUGUCAUCGCCUUCGCCUACAGCACCUUUUUGUGCCUGGAGUAUAAACUCUACAUCCUGCUGGCAGUUCUGGUGCUGACCAUGGUCACCUACCCCAUAGUGGAGUACUAUGAAUACAAGAAUCCUACGCCGCCCAUUGAGGAUGGGGCUUACACAUCACACAGAGAGAAGGCAGAUGAGAACAACAUCAUACAUCAGACACCACUUUAAAGACUACAUUUCAAGUGUUUUUUUU